CGGGCGGGUACGGGGAGCGAAACUCGCGGGUGAGGGAUCGGGAGGGACGGGAGAAUACUCAUCCAGUUCCACCCGCUGCCAGGGGCAGGGACACCCUCCCCUAGGCCGGGGUGCUCCCAGCUCCUUCCAAACCUGGCCUUGGGCACUCCCAAGGGUGGGGCAGUGCUCUGGGCAACUUGUGUCAGGGCCUCACUACCUUCACAGGGAACAUUUCUUCCCAGUAUUCCCUCUAAUUCCGUGUUUUGUCGGUGUGAAGCUAUUCUCUCUUAUCCUGUCACUCCAGGCCCUUGUCCUCAGUCCCUGUCCAGCUCUCCAGGAGAGCUCAGAGCCCCUUCAGGCCCUGCAAAGGGCUCUGAGCUCUCCUGGAGCCUUCUCCUCUCCAGAUAAACACCCCCAGCUCUCCCAGCCUGGAUCCAGAGCAGAGGGACUCCAGAUCUUGGAGCAUCUCCGUGGCCUCCUCUGGGCUCCAGCAGCUCCAGCUCCUUCCUGUGCUGGGAGCCCCGAGCUGGAGCUCUGCAGAUCCCCAAGGACCCGACACGGCGAUGGCUCCGGGAACUUGCUGCAAUGAGCCAGCAGCUCCAGCAGGUUCACCCCAACGUCCUGGCCAAGAUCCUUAAGCAGAGAACUCUAUACCAGAAUGAGGAGAUCGUGGUGAUAGACAAACCUUAUGGGCUCCCUGUGCAUGGUGGCCCCGGCAUCAAGAACUGCAUCGCUGAUGUGCUGCCCAUUUUGGCCAAGAUGCUGGAGAACAUGAAAGCUGAGCCCCUCCACCUCUGCCACCGGUUGGACAAGGAGACCACGGGUGUGAUGGUGCUGGCACGGAGCAAGGAGGCAGCAGAGAAGAUUCGUCUGCUCUUCAAAACCCGUCAGGUGGAGAAGAUCUAUUGGGCAAUUGUCCUGGGGGACCCGGACCCUGUUGAGGGCGUUGUGGAGAUCCCCAUUGUGGAAAAGGAGGUGCAGAGCCACCAGUCCCACUACAAAAUGACGCUGGCUCCCAACUACCGCCUGUGUCCGGAGGAUGGCAGGGUGGUGAAAGCCCGCGGGAAGCGGCACGCCGAGCGCGCAGUGACGCGCUACCGCCGGCUGGCCGCUGCCUCCGCCUGCUCGCUGCUGGAGCUCCAGCCCAUCACUGGGGUGAAGCACCAGAUCCGGGUUCACCUGGCCUAUGGCUUGGGAUGCCCCAUCCUCGGGGAUCACAAAUACUCACACUGGAGCAAACUGGCGCCCCAGAAGCUUCCUGAGCUCACCCUGAGGAGGCUGAAGCUGGAGCAGAGCAAGGCUCGGCACCUGCCCCUGCACCUGCACGCCCACCGGCUCUGCCUGCCCCUGGGCCAGCCCUUAGACUUUGUCUGCAAGCUGCCCCUCUUCUUCCAAAAAACUCUGAGGAAGCUAGAGCUGGACAUCCCUAAGGACUGACAAGGCAGGACUGGAAUGGUGCCAUGUAUCUCCAGAUCUCCAGCACGUGGCAGCAGCUGUGCCCACCUAGGAGCCAGUGGUGGGGUGAAGCCUGCAGUCUUUGUCUGGUGCUGAUGUUGCUGGAUUCAGAGUGGGUGCCUACAUGUGCUUCUGGCCCAGGAAAGCAGCUGGACACAAUGAGGAGCCUCUAGUAGAGACGAACAAGGCUGUGUGAAAAUUGGGCUUUGCCUGAUUUGUGUUUUAAACUUGUGUCUGGGCAAUAAAAGUUCGAGUUCCCUUGA